UAUUAUGGGGGGAAGAUAACUGACAGUUGUAACAUAAAAAAAAAUCAAAUGAUUAUUUGGGAGACGCUAUUUAUCAGUCUUUAGUACCGCCCAAUAGCUGUGACGUCAUCCCAAAGGCAACGGACAUGGCGGCGCUCAUCAGCGGCGUGAGUCGGGAGCUCAUGAUCAUUACUGAACGGAGGUCAUGGCGAUUGGGAGGCUUUAAAAGCGUCUUUGUAAACACGAGAAGAUUUAUCCGAGGUCUCAGGAGGAGACCCGUAGCAGUUCUUUAUCCCGGUGAUGAGCGCGAGACUCUCAUUAAACCACGUGAGCAAAGCAAGCAGCGCGAGCAUGACCCUAAGACACAGAAGAAGCAUUCCAACAAGACCGAUGGAUGGAGACUUAAAGAUAAACCCACUGGGCCAGGGAUGGGGAAGUCUAGUGGAAAUCUGCCCAGGGUGGCAGUUGAGAGUUGUAGUGUGAGGGGGCAGCUGGGCGGCCUGCGGUUCGACAGAGCUCUUCCUGGAGACCAGAGACUUGCAAAGAUGGUGAGCAUCGCCCGCUCCAGGGCGUUUCGUGAGCAGGAGGGUAAAGUGCUGCUGGAGGGGAAGCGUCUGAUCUGCGACGCCGUGGCUGCUGGAGCGUCUCCUCAGACGCUGUUCUUCAGCAGAGUGGAGCGCCUCCGAGAGCUUCCUCUGGACAAAUUGGGUCAGGCGUCUCUGGUCAAAGUCAAAUUUGAGGACCUCAGAGUCUGGUCCGAUCUGGUUGCUCCACAGGGGGUUAUCGCCAUAUUCACAAAGCCAGACGAAUCUCGGCUCACGUUCCCCAAACAUCUUCGUCUCCAGUCCGUCCCGCUGUUCCUGAUCUGCGAUAAUGUGCGAGACCCGGGAAGCCUGGGCACCAUCCUGCGCUGUGCCGCGGCAGCCGGCUGCGAUCGUGUCCUCCUCACUCAAGGCUGUGUGGAUCCUUGGGAGCCAAAGGUUCUGCGUGCCGCAAUGGGAGCCCAUUUCCGUCUGCCCAUAUUCUCUGGUUUGGACUGGGACACCGUUUCAGGGCACUUACCGAAGACAGUGACCGUCCACGUCGCCGAUGAAGGAAGCGGGAAUGUGAGGAGGCGUGACGCAGAGGUUCAGCAGCUUGGAGAGACUUGCAGUAAUUCCGUGUUGGAGGAGUACACGGAGUCAGACUCUGAUGAAUCUGAUGAUGAACUGGCUCCUCCAUGCCUGGAGCAGAAGGUGUAUCAUGAGCACUGGGCACAGAGAAACACCGCUCUAGUGAUUAGUGGUGAGACACGCGGACCGAGCUCGGAGGCUCUCCAGCUGGCCGAGGAAACGGACGGUUCUAAACUGGUCGUUCCUCUGGCUAAAGGAGUCGAGCGUCUGAAUUCAGCCAUGACGGCUAGCAUCCUGUUAUUUGAAGGGCGAAGGCAGCUGAUGAAAUUUGCGCAGAAAGCAAGAAGAGGAAAAUCCUUCACCCACUGAUUAGUACUUCUCUCAUACAGCUCUAAUGUUAAAGGCUCUCUCUGACAUUCCUGUGAUUUAUUUUUCAUUCUUUCUUCUUUACUAACAGCACUUUAUCCUGGACAGAAUCUCAGAGUCCUGAGAGCGAGCCGUGGACACACUCUGGAAUACCUGCUAGUCCAUACAGGGCACCAUGUACACACACACUCCCUCUUACAUGCACCCCUCUCUCUCUCACACACACACUCCCUCUUACAUGCACCCCUCUCUCUCUCACACACACACUCCCUCUUACAUGCACCCCUCUCUCUCUCACACACACACUCCCUCUUACAUGCACCCCUCUCUCUCUCACACACACACUCCCUCUUACAUGCACCCCUCUCUCUCUCACACACACACUCCCUCUUACAUGCACCCCUCUCUCUCACACACACUCACUAUCUCGCUCACACACAAAGUCUCUCCUCUUUCUCUCUCCCUCACACACACACACACACACACUCUCUCUCACCCUCUCUCACUCUCUCUCACCCUCUCUCACCCUCUCUCUCCCACCCUCUCUCACCUACCAGCCUGGAAACCCGAACACACACUGAAGCCCUGUAAGAAUCCAACAUGGCCAUGGAGUGAACAUGCAAAACUCCACACAAACAGUGUUGGGUUUUAAUUCUCAGUUUCAGUGAGAGUAAUUCAUGGCUCAGUUAUUACAUCUUUGGGCUACUGAUGGGGAGGUUGUUAUAAUCUCAGCACCAGCAAGCUGUUGGGUCCUUGAGCAAAAUCGUUCAACUGCUCAUUUGGAUUCUGUCUCGGUUACAAGCCACUUUUGGCAUCUGGUGAAUUGAGCACAUGUAAACUCUCCCUCACUUUCAGUAAGCGCUUUAUCCUGGUUUAUCCCCAGCGGAGCCAGAGACUAUCCCAUAAACCCUGGGCAUGAGGCAUGGAGGGGACACUACAUAUAUACACACACACACACACGCACACCAUUUAGCAUCGCCAAUCCACCACCAGGCAUGAGCAGUGGGAGUAUUGUGCCAGCAUGCAAUCUGUACACUUUCUACACUGUGUAACAAUAGCGUGAUUCACAUGUUGAACAUUUUAACAUGAACUCACUGAUGCCAAAUGUCAGAAUGAACCUUAAAAUUCCUGCUCUCUGUGUCCAGGAAAGUAAUUUUAUGAUCAUUAUAACUGUAUUACAUCACUGUGGUGGGAAAAAAAUGUAUAAGAAAUGUGGGAGAAAUUCUGUUCCCGAUGUUGAGGAUUGCGUUUAAGAGGAGACGAGACGAGACACAGGACCGAGACGGUCAGUUUUAAUGGCCAGGGCUCAGCAGAAACACAAUGAAGGAAAGACAGAAGCUGUACACUAAUAAAUGCCUACAUUUUAGUACGGAAAAGUUGUUAAAUGCUAUUCUGUGCCUUCAGAAUUGGACUGGUUUCUUGUUUUUUUUGGACCUUCAGAGAAAAUGUGACAAAAGGAAAAUUUUUCGUUAUAGCCAUCUUAUGCAGUCGGCUUUUCUCCU